UCUCCACAGCGGCAUGGAGGCCUGUGUGUCUUCACUGCUGGUGCUGGCCCUGGGGGUCCUGUUGAUAGCUCCUUUGAGACCCAGAUCAUCGGGGGCCGGGAGGUGAUCCCCCACUCGCGCCCAUACAUGGCCUCACUGCAGAGAGAUGGCUCCCACCUGUGCGGGGGUGUCCUGGUGCACCCAAAGUGGGUGCUGACAGCUGCCCACUGCCUUGUCCAGCGGAUGGACCGGCUGAGGCUGGUGCUGGGGCUCCACACCCUGGAUGACCCCGGUCUCACCUUCCACAUCAAGGCAGCCGUCCAGCACCCUCACUACAAGCCAGUCCCUGCCCUGGAGAACGACCUCGCGCUGCUUCAGCUGGACGGGAAAGUGAAGCCCAGCCGGACCAUCCGGCCGCUGGCCUUGCCCAGUAAGCGCCAGGUGGUGGCUGCAGGGACUCGGUGCAGCAUGGCCGGCUGGGGGCUGACCCACCAGGGCGGGCCCCUGUCCCGGGUGCUGCGGGAGCUGGACCUCCACGUGCUGGACACCCGCAUGUGUAACAACAGCCGCUUCUGGAGCGGCAGCCUCUCCCCCAACGUGGUCUGCCUGGCGGCUGACUGCAAGGACCAGGCUCCCUGCAAGGGUGACUCGGGCGGGCCCCUGGUGUGUGGCAAAGGCCAGGUGUUGGCCGGAGUCCUGUCCUUCAGCUCCAGGGUCUGCACCAACAUCUUCAAGCCCCCCGUGGCCACCGCUGUGGCGCCUUACGUGUCCUGGAUCAGGAAGGUCACCGGCCGAUCGGCCUGAUGCCCUGGGGUGACGGGGACCCCCCUUGCUGUCUCCACAGGACCCUUCCCCUCCAGGGGUGCAGUGGGGUGGGUGAGGACGGGUGGGAGGGACAGGGAGGGGACCAAUAAAUCCUAAUGAAGAAACGCUCAGA